AUGUCCACGUACCAAGCCAAGCCCUCCAAAGAUGGUCAUGUCUAUACCAAGCGAGAUGGCCUGGUUGGGGGUCUUAACACCUAUGCUGUCAUUCAACCCGAGAGGAAAGUUCGCUCCGCAGACAAAGGUCAUGUCUGGGAUGUCAUCAUUAUUGGUGCUGGCUACGCUGGCCUGGUUGCUGCCCGAGACCUUGUCAAAGUUGGCAAGAAGACCUUGCUUAUCGAAGCCCGUGAUCGUAUCGGUGGCCGAACCUGGAGUGCCGAAGUCGAUGGAACAACAUACGAAAUGGGCGGUACGUGGGUUUCGCACGUUCACGGACGAUUGUUUGCAGAAAUGCAGCGAUAUGGCCUCCAGGACGAAGUGACUCUAACGCGGACCGACAAUGGUGGAUGCUCCUACUUCAUGCUCGAUACAGGCUCAGGAUCGCGCAAGUUCAGCCUGGAAAAGGCCGCACAGAUGUCAGCCAGAGCCUGGAGAAUCUUUAUCAACAUUGACGGUAAUGAGGGCCGGGAUAUCUGCCCUCUUCCGCACUCCUCCCUCGGCAACGUCCGCAUCUCCUUUGACAAGGUCAAAGCCGUCGACCAGCUGUCAUGCCGUGAUCGCAUCGAGCAAAUCCGGCACCUCCUAACUGCCGAUGAGCUUGCCUUGAUCGAGUCUCUCGUGCCUCAUUGCGGCGGGGGCUCUGUCGAGAAUAUUAGCUUCCUAGAGAUGAUUCGUGCGCAGGCUCUUCAGGGCUACAGCCCUGAGACUUUCGAAGAUAUCUGGACACUCUACAAGAUUCGUGGGGGCCAGUCCACCCUUGCUCGCCGGAUCUUUGACGAUGCUGUGAAACAUGGUCUGCAGUACACAUUCAAAACGCCCGUCAAGUCGAUCGUGGAGAAAGAUGGGAUUGUUUCCAUCACCACAGCCGAUGACGAGCUCUACCGUGCUCGGCGUGUCAUCAAUACUAUCCCCAUCGCUGUCCUUCCCACAAUCUCGUUUGACCCACCCCUCUCCCCUCUUCGCCGGGAGGCACUCGAGAUUAACCAGGUUUGCUACCUCACCAAGAUCCACGCGGAGGUUGAAGGUGACCUUCGUGGCCUCCGCGGAUGCACCUGGCCCGGUGACUUUCUUUACAUUUACGGUGAUGGUUUCUGCGCUGGCGGCAAGUCAACCCGCAUUACCUCAUUUGCCGGCGACAAUCGCGGCAUCCUCGACCCCCUCAAAGAGCCAGAGCGGCUGGAGCUGACCUUGCAACGAUUCCACCCCAUGAGUAUAAAGAAGGUCAUAUUCCAUGACUGGGUCAGUGACCCUUACGCCAAAGCCGGUGCUGCAUGGUAUCCAGCUGGGUUUCUCACCAAGUACCUUGCGGAGCUACAGAAACGUCACGGGAAUGUCCUUAUGGCUAGCGCUGACUGGGCUCGCGGAUGGAGGUCAUUCAUUGAGGGUGCCAUCGAGCAGGGUGCCCUUGCUGCCAACGUGGUGAUGGAUGAACUGGGUGUUCUCGGCGCGAAUACUCCUCCGGGAUCGUUCGAAAAGAUCUAG